AUGUCGGCGUCUUCACAUGUCCCAAGGCUUGCCGACGUGGGCAUCCUUGACCUCUUACGGAACGAUGAUCGCCCAACUUUUGUCCUUGGGCCGUCGGCUACAAAUACCAAAUUCCAACACCAGCAGGAUAUUGUAUUCACGAAUACCGCCCUCGAUCAAUUUCUAGUCGAACAUACACAGCCAAAUGCCUUCGAAACAACUCCUACGGACGCAGGACCGCAAUCUGGGCUCGGCGACCUAUCACAGCAGAACGGUCGUAAGAGCACGCGAAAGAUACCGUCAUGGGACGUUCUUUCACCACCACCAGAGGCAUCUGCCGAGCUGUUGGAUUGGAUCAAGUUUGACGUGCCGAACCUCUCUCCUCACAUUCAAUACAUCAAAGACUUUGACUGGGCCUCGACUUCAUUAGGCCCUAUUGACAGAUGGCCUAGUCGCUUGAGUUCAAUGGUCCUCAGUAUAUGCACGAAUCCCGAUCCACGAGUUGUCGUAUGGGGCGAAAAGCUCACUAUGAUAUAUAAUGCAGCUUGCGCUUCCUUACUUGGCGAAAAGCACCCUUACGCUAUGGGAAAGAGCUGUUCCGAGAUCCAAGCAGAGAUAUGGCCGCAAAUGUCGAAACUUUUCCAGCCUGCACUUCUGGAGGGUAAGGCGAUCAAGUCUACUAAAGAGCUUUCCUUCCAAGAAAGGAACGGCCUCCUGGAGGAGACCUACUGGAACUUCGUCAUCUUCCCCAUCAUUGGCUCGGACGGAUACGCUCAUGGAGCAAUACAUUCUUUGAUAGAGUUGAGCUGGCAUGUCAUCAAUGAACGCAGAGGGAGUGUGGUUGAGAAGCUGAAGGAGCGGGUCUCCACCAGUGCAACCAUAUCUCAGGUCUGGGAUCGAUGCUUGGAAUCUCUUGAGGCGUACCCAGAGGACAUUCCUUAUGCACUGAUAUUCUCGAACAGCGACGAUGACACCAUAUCUUCAGCUUCCAGCUCUUGGGCAAACUCUCUGAAAAACUACCAGCUCCAUGGAUCGCUCGGUAUCAAUCAGAACAACACAGCCAUUCCCAAGACAUUUGAUUUGACGGAUAGAAAAUCAGUCUUUGGAUUGGCUAGAGCUUGUCGAAGCACCAUGCUCGGUGGAAAGACUGUAAUUCUGCGCCGUCAUGACAACACGCUACCGGCCGAUCUCGCAACAGCGAUAGCCGGCCGAGGCUGGGAAGAUCCGGUCGAAGCAGUCUGCGUGAUGCCAAUCGCCGUGAAUGCUGCUGGUGCCCUAGCGUUCUUCAUACUUGGACUCAACCCCCGAAGGCCGUUCAACGAAGACUCUCUUCAGUUUGCGCAUAAUCUUCGCGAUGUGCUCACAAAGUCUAGCUCUCUUCUCAACCAGGCUAGGUUCGAAGAGAUUCACGACAACCUUUCGACACAACUGAAGAUUAGCACGUUAAGAGCAGCACGCAACGAGGAGAAGUUCACUCGAAUGGCAGAGUCAGCACCCAUUGGCAUAUGUACCUUCCGCCCCGAUGGGAAGCCACUUUACUGUAACGAUGAGUAUCUCAGUCUUGUUGGUGUGCCCCGAGAGUACGACUGGAAGGCGCUCUGGGAUACACAAGCAACAUGGCAAGAACACGUCCACUCCGAUGAUAUACACGGGAUUGCAGUAGCUUGGAAGUCGUUGUUGGACAAGGAGAAGACAUCAGUGGCUGUCGAGUACAGAGUUACAAGACCCUGGCGCUCUGUGGACAAAGCUACUGGCCAAACCUUGACUGGAGAAACAUGGCUCAUGAACAACGCCGCGGCAGAGUAUGAUGAGAAUGGUGAUGUGGCGUAUAUCCAUGCCUGGCUGCAUGAAACCUCUUUCCGACAUUACACGGAGACAUUGCUAUCCAGUCGUCUCCAAGAAGCACUUGAAACAAAGCGUGCCUCCGAAAACUUCAUCGACAUGGUCUCUCAUGAACUCCGCAACCCACUUUCAGCAAUUCUGCAGUCAGCAGACGGCAUAAUCACAGGCCUUGACGACCAGGAAGCACGGAGGAAGAAAGGCACGGAAAUGCUCGAUGGAGUCCUUGAAGCUGCCCAGACAAUUAUCUUGUGUGCUCAACAUCAAAAAUGCAUUGUCGACGACAUCUUGUGCCUCUCGAAACUCGAUUCGAAUCUCUUGGUCAUCACCCCGGACAAAGUCUCGCCACCACAAUUGAUAGGAAAAGUUCUCAAGAUGUAUGAGGCUGAGCUGGCGAGAGCGUCGGUCAAGGGUCAGUUGGAGAUUGAACAGAGCUACCAUGACGUUAUGAAUUCUCGCAACGCCAUGCUGGAUCCGAGUCGCUUGCUUCAGGUAAUUAUUAACCUGCUCACGAACGCAAUCAAGUUCACUCAGUUCUCCCAAAACCGAGGUCUCAAAAUAUACCUUGGUGCCUCAUAUGCGAGACCGACUGGAGCCCGGCACAAGCUCGCUUUCAUCAGACCUCGUAAUGCUCGACACGAACACUCGACAGCUUUGUCCACAGAAUGGGGCAAGGGCAAAGACAUCUAUCUACAGAUUGCUGUACAGGACACCGGACGAGGCCUUAGCGAGGAGGAGAUGAGUCUAUUGUUCCAACGCUUUUCCCAAGCCAGUCCCAAGACUUAUAAACAGUACGGAGGAAGCGGUCUUGGACUGUUCAUUAGCAGAGAACUGUGUGAGCUGCAAGGAGGCCAGAUCGGUGUUAGUAGUCCUGGCCUAGGACACGGGACUACCUUUGCCUUCUAUGUACGCGCUCGCCGAUGCCCACAAGACGCGACUUCUGUUCCCGAGUCACCCGUUGCCUUGCAACAUGUCUGGAACACACCUGUCACUGGCUCAACAGCUAUGCCUCAACCUGUCGGUUCCAAUGGCGCUGGAACUAUUCCAUCACAUCCGAUACGCACGCCCUCGGCCGCGAAAUCCAAGCCUCAGCCGAAAAUCGCUACACCUGAUAGACCACUGCAUGUGCUCGUAGUUGAAGACAACCUAAUUAACCAACGAGUCAUGUCUCAACAACUUCGAAAGCAGGGCUGUAUCGUCCACAUUGCGAACCAUGGACUCGAAGCACUGACUUUCCUCGCAACCUCCGCCUUCUCUUCAGCAAACCCUUCAACACCGUUGGACGUGGUGCUCAUGGACCAAGAGAUGCCUGUUAUGGACGGCAUAACUUGCGUACGAGAGAUUCGAGCUCGACAAAAGACCCACGAGUUCAACGGACAUGUGCCUGUCAUUGCUGUCACGGCAAACGCAAGAAGCGAGCAGAUCACAGUCAUGAUGCAAGCUGGCAUGGAUUCCGUGGUAACAAAGCCAUUCCGCAUUCCUGAGCUUGUACCGCAGAUGAGAAAACUGGUCGAGAGAACGAACCCAUCCUCGGCCACAGAUGGCAACGAGGACGCCAAUGCAGAACGACCCGCAAUGUCGCCCGAGCCUCAGGAUUCAGGCAACGCGAAAGUGGCUCUAGAGCGCCCCACGAUAUCCACAAAGCUAUCUUCGAGCUGGGACAAGGUCAAGAGCGACCAAGCAACACAUGAUCUUUGGUAG